UAAAAAAAGGCAAUGGAAAAGCAAAGAAAGUUGUCCAACUUCUCCCUCCUUUUCUUUUAAAAACACCCCAAGUCCAACCACACCUCAUAUACAUUUUUUUUUUAACCAAAAAAUAAAAAUAUUCAUAAGUGCUCGUUCUCCAACAUCUAAAAAUAAAAAGAAACAACUGAACUGGAACUGAAACCAAGCGAAGAGCAGGCACAUAAGAGGAGAAACCAAGGAGAGAAACAAAACAAAGUUGGCAUGAAAGGAAGAGAAACCAAAGGAGCCCCUUCAGCAGAUUUGCUAGUAUGUUUCCCAUCUCGAGCCCAUCUCACACUAAUGCCGCCAAAGCCCAUUUGUAGUCCUGCAAGGUCAUCAGAACCCAACAAGCGCCACCACAAUCACCACCACCACCACCACCGUCUCCUUAAGAAAUCAAGCACCAGAAAAGGUUGUGGAGCUGGCGGCCAAGCUAGCCCUCUCCUAUGGGCUAAAAACAAGCAAAUGGGAUCCGAGAUCACGGAACCAACCUCCCCGAAAGUCACAUGCGCCGGACAGAUCAAAGUCAGGUCUAAGACAAGCUCGUGCAAAAGUUGGCAAUCAGUGAUGGAAGAGAUCGAAAGAAUUCACAACGGCAGGAAACACAAAAAGAGACUAAGUUGGGUGGACUCACUCGGUUUCAAGAAAGAAGUCAUGCAGUUCUUAACGUGCUUGCGGGCCAUUCGUUUCGAUUUUCGAUGUUUCGGGUCUUUUCCUCAAUCUGACAUCACCACUGACGAUGAGGAUGAAGAUGAAGAUGAAGAACCCCAAGAAAACCACAAUUACGUACAAGGCAAUGAGACAUCAAGAACCGUCUUUUCCAAAUGGUUCAUGGUCCUGCAGGAGAAUCAAAACAACGGGCUUUACAGAGAAGAAAGCAAAGAACAAGAGAGCUCCCUCGAUCAUGUUGAUGAUCAAGCUGCUGCAGUCCCACCUGCAAAUGCUCUCUUGCUUAUGCGUUGUCGAUCCGCUCCUGCAAAGAGCUGGUUAGAAGAAGCUAACAUGGUGGAAGAGGACGAGGAAGAUCAAGGAGACAAACAAGAGUGCAAGAGGAAAGACGAGAAAAAAAGAAAAAAUUUGAGGUCUUUAAUGGAAGAAGAAAACAGGAAGGUGAAAGAGAGCUUAGUAGUGAUGAAAUACGACCCUGAUUUCUACGAAAUUUCAUCUGAUAUAGCCCAAGAGACAUGGCUUGUUGGUGGAAUGAAAGAUCAUUUAUCCCGAAGCCGAAGUUGGAAGAGAUGAUUAUACUAUAUUUUUAUCCCUGAUCACUACUCUGUUUUCUUCAUAGUUUCACUUUAUAAAUACUUGUUUGUGCUUUAUUUUUGAACCCUUUCAUCUGAGAACUGAAAAUUCUAAGCCUGAUCACCACCUUAUAGUUUUACUUUUGGAAUUUUGAUAUGUUUUCAUUGUUGUGUAUGAUUUGAAAGUUGUAUGUAUUUAAUUUGUGCCACAUAAUUUGUACAGCUUUCCUUUCUCUUUCAAUUGGAAAAAGAUUUUGCUGCUAUUA